AAAAGCAACAAGUGGGAAGCAGCAGUAAAAGCAAAAGCCGGCUGCGCAGCCAACAGUGAGAGUGAGAGCGCGCGCGCCGCCUUAAAAAGAGAGCAAUUAUCUGUCUGUCGCUGUGGGAGUGUGUGCGUGUGUGCGUACGUACGUGUGUGUGUUUGUGUGCCAGCAAACCUUAAACAGUUGACUUUUUAUUUCGGAUUUUUCAACAGCUUGUCAAAAUGGCGAACUUCAGCGUUUUGUGCAAUUUCUACGUGGCGGCGGUUAAAUUGGAAAGCCGCCUGUAUGCGUUUUUGCUUUGAUCGGCUGUGCUUUGCCAGCAAGCGGCAGCAGCCAGCCAAUAAUAGCAAUAGCAACAAUAAUAAUUAUCAACAAAACACCAAUGAGCAGUUCAACAAUACAACAACAACACCAAUUACAACAACAACAACAGCAGCAAAUUCAACAGCGCAUGUCUAUGCCGAAUAUCGUAAACUGCAGCCAGCGAUAAUCAAACGCGACAAGCCGCCUGACAUUGCUGAGAGAGAGCAGCCCCCCACACCAACAACAGCAACAACAACAACAAUCAACAAUACACCAACAACAGCAACGCGUCGCUUGCGUCGUCAUAGCAGCGCUGAAGAUCGUCAGCGAACGAAAACGAUUGUGAGCACGAAAUUGAGAAAAGCCAACAGUAUGCAGCAACAGGAGCCGAAUGCCAACUAUCAGUUUCAGCCCGACCUGGGUCUGGUCAACAUCGUCAAUAACAAUAACAACAACAAUACAAACAACAACAACAGCAAUCCCAAUCAUAACAACGCAACGUUGUUAAGCGGCGGCUUUGUUACCUUGCCCGCUGCCAAUUCAUUGGGCUACAUUGGCUUGGAGCACACAGCGGCUGGGCUAAGAUUGAUACCCACACCAGCGCCUGCUUGCAACUCGGACGUGCUGACACAUGCGCUGAUCUACGGCACGCCGCCAAGUGGCACGCCACAACAAUUGCAUACAGAGCAGUUGCUGUUGCAUCAACAGGAGCUGCAGCUGCAGCAGCGCUAUCAGCAGUUGCAACAGUUGCAGGCGCAAACACAGGGUGUCUAUACAGCUUACCAGGGCAACUGUAGUCAACCUGUUGCCAUACCAGGCGCCUGUCAACAGCAGCAGCAACAACAACAGCCACAGCAGCAGCAGCAACAGCAACAACAGCCGCCCAAUUCGCUGGCGCUUGCACAACAAAUGCAAAGUUUACGCAUUUCGGGCUGUGGCCCGCCGGGCAGCAGCUCGGCCACGCCCUCACCCGUUGCGCUGGUGGAUCCCACGCUGCUCAUGAGCAACAACACUUAUGUUGCUGCCACGCCGCAGGAGGAGCGAUUUAUACAAAUCAUACAAGCCAAGGAGCUGAAGAUUCAGGAAAUGCAACGCGCCUUGCAGUUCAAAGACAACGAAAUCGCUGAGCUCAAAUCACAUUUGGAUAAAUUUCAAAGCGUUUUUCCAUUCAGUCGCGGCAGUGCCGGCGCCUGCUCCGCCAGCGCUUCUCCGGCGGGCAAUGGCGCUGGUCCAAGCAGCGCUACUGGCGCUACACGCAAAUCCGGGCAAACGUUUCAGCGUCAACGCGCUCAGGGCAUCUCCGCGGAGCCACAAAGUGAAUCCUCCGUGCUGCUGGAGCAUGUUAGCUUUCCCAAAUACGAAAAGGAUGAGCGCUCCCGUGAACUUAUCAAAUCGGCCAUUUUGGAUAAUGAUUUCAUGAAGAAUUUGGAUCUGACGCAAAUACGCGAAAUUGUUGAUUGCAUGUAUCCGGUGAAAUAUCCUGCAAAGAAUUUGAUAAUCAAGGAAGGAGAUGUGGGCAGCAUUGUUUAUGUAAUGGAAGAUGGACGCGUUGAGGUUUCACGUGAGGGCAAAUACUUGUCAACACUUUCGGGUGCCAAGGUGCUGGGUGAAUUGGCCAUAUUAUAUAACUGCCAGCGCACAGCGACUAUAACCGCCAUAACUGAAUGCAAUCUAUGGGCCAUAGAGCGACAAUGCUUCCAAACAAUUAUGAUGCGUACUGGACUCAUACGUCAAGCGGAAUAUACGGACUUCCUGAAGAGCGUGCCAAUUUUCAAAGAUCUAUCCGAAGAUACGCUCAUCAAAAUCUCGGAUGUACUGGAGGAAACGCAUUAUCAGCGUGGCGAUUAUAUUGUGCGUCAAGGUGCACGUGGCGAUACCUUCUUUAUUAUAUCCAAGGGCAAGGUGCGUGUUACCAUCAAGCAGCAGGAUACGCAGGAAGAGAAAUUUAUACGCAUGCUGGGCAAAGGAGAUUUCUUUGGUGAAAAAGCGCUGCAAGGCGAUGAUUUACGCACAGCAAAUAUAAUUUGCGAAUCACCUGAGGGCGUCAGCUGUUUGGUUAUAGAUCGUGAAACAUUUAAUCAGCUUAUAAGCAGUUUGGAUGAAAUUAAACAUCGCUAUGAUGAUGAAGGUGCCAUGGAGAGAAGAAAAAUCAAUGAGGAAUUCCGUGAUAUAAAUCUUACCGAUCUGCGUGUCAUUGCCACUUUGGGUGUUGGCGGCUUUGGACGCGUCGAACUGGUGCAAGCCAAUGGCGACAGUUCGCGCAGCUUUGCGUUGAAGCAAAUGAAAAAGUCACAGAUUGUUGAAACGCGACAGCAGCAGCAUAUUAUGUCCGAAAAGGAAAUUAUGGGCGAAGCCAAUUGUCAAUUUAUAGUCAAACUAUUCAAAACCUUCAAGGACAAAAAGUAUCUGUAUAUGCUUAUGGAGAGCUGUCUGGGCGGCGAGCUCUGGACUAUUUUGCGUGAUAAGGGCAACUUUGAUGAUGCCACCACUAGAUUCUAUACCGCAUGCGUAGUGGAAGCUUUUGAUUAUUUGCAUUCGCGUAAUAUUAUCUACAGAGAUUUGAAGCCAGAGAAUUUGCUCUUGGAUGAAAAGGGUUAUGUUAAGCUGGUGGACUUUGGUUUUGCCAAGAAGUUGCAAACGGGACGCAAAACUUGGACGUUCUGUGGCACGCCCGAGUAUGUGGCACCCGAGGUGAUAUUGAAUCGUGGCCAUGACAUAAGCGCCGACUAUUGGUCGCUGGGUGUGCUCAUGUUUGAGCUGCUUACAGGCACGCCACCAUUUACGGGCUCGGAUCCCAUGCGCACUUAUAAUAUAAUACUUAAGGGCAUUGAUGCCAUCGAAUUUCCGCGUAAUAUAACACGCAAUGCCAGCAAUUUGAUCAAGAAGCUCUGUCGUGAUAAUCCCGCCGAGCGUUUGGGUUAUCAGCGUGGCGGCAUUAGCGAAAUACAGAAGCACAAAUGGUUCGAUGGCUUCUAUUGGUGGGGACUGCAGAAUCGUUCAUUGGAGCCACCCAUCAAGCCCGCUGUCAAAAGCGUUGUGGACACCGGCAACUUUGAUGACUAUCCGCCCGAUCCAGAGGGACCGCCACCAGAUGAUGUCAGCGGCUGGGAUAAGGACUUCUAGGCGAAUUUAUUGACGGCUGCUCUCUUCUCAUGCUCUCACAGAUGAGAAACUAUCUUAAAUUAAAUAGCGCGCGCCAUUUGUACGCCAAACCAAUAGUCAGGGUCUGUUAUAUACAGCUCCAGCAACAACAUCUAGGCUUUUUUCAUAUAUAUAUCAUAUCAUAUCAUCAAGCUCAAGUCUCUGAUCUGAUAACAUGUGCAACACAAUGAAUUUAUUUAACGAGUUUACAUAUUAUUAUUAAUAACUGUAAAAGAGAGCAAUGUUUCUAGUUCAUUGGAAAUUGUUUGUUUUUUUUUAACAAGAUGUUUAAAUUGUAAGUAGGUCUUUGUGUAAAUUGUUUUUAAUCAAUCUAUUUUAACUAAAAAAAAAAUUGCAAGCACAAAAUUAUAAACAAUCAACUAUUCAACGGGUUGCCUUAUAGUCUAUAAGCAAAUUUUAAUGACCAAGCGCUCUCUCUCUAAAAAAAACGCUAUAGAGCACUUAAUUAAACUACAACUAAUUUUAAAACAAACUUAAUGUCUAUCUAGCAUUAGUUCGCCAAUUCUUUAUGUAUAUGUAUGCCUUUUUUAUAUAAAAAUUGUGUAUUUCGU